AUGGCGGAUCCUCCGGCGCAGCAGCAUCCGGCGUGCUGCGCGUGCAAGCACCAGCGCCGGAAGUGCUCGCCGGGAUGCCCGCUGGCGCCUUACUUCCCCGCCGACAGGCCCGGCAGCUUCCGCAGCUCCCACCGCCUCUUUGGGAUCAAGAACAUCCUCCGGCUCAUGGCCAUGGCCGGGCCGCAGAAGCAGGACGACUGCAUGAGGUCCAUCAUGUACGAGGCCGACGCGCGGGCUGCCCAUCCCGUGCACGGGCCGCGCGCCAUCACGCACAAUCUCGAAAACGAGCUUGCCCGCGCGACAGCCGAGCUCCAGGCCGUGCAGGAGCUGCUGGCCAAGCACCGCCGCGCGCCCGCGCAGCUGUGGGUGCCGCCCGUGCAGGAGCCGCUGCAGUAUGCGAUACCACCGGACGAGCAUCCGCAGCCGUUCUACGGCGGCUACGCACCUCCUGGUGCUGUGGAGAUUGACGGCGACGAGACGGUCGGCGCGAACGUCGACGAGGAGGACGAUGUGAUGUCGAUGCGACAUGAUAAUGAUGAUGAUGAUGAUGACGAGGGCCAUACACUCGCGGGAGCGCACUACGGUGGAGAUGUGCCAUCGUCGUCAAGCUACCAGUCUUCGGAUCCUUCGCCUCCCAGACUUCUGAAUCGCCGACAUUAG